GCCUUGGCCCAGCCCAAUCGUAUUAAGCGGGGAGAGAGAGAGAGAGAGGGAGGUUGUGGCAGUAGCAGCGGCAGCGGCAGCCGCAGGGUUUUGGUAGAGAAAAAGCACGCAAUGACGACUCGAAUAGCACCUGGAGUAGGAGCCAAUCUGCUGGGUCAACAUUCUGCCGAGAGGAAUCAAGAUGCCACCGCAUAUGUCGGCAAUCUCGACCCUCAGGUGACGGAGGAGUUGCUUUGGGAGUUGUUUGUUCAAUCAGGCCCUGUUGUGAAUGUGUAUGUUCCUAAGGAUAGAGUGACAAAUCUCCAUCAAGGAUAUGGAUUCAUAGAGUUCCGAAGUGAAGAAGAUGCCGAUUAUGCAAUCAAGGUGCUAAACAUGAUUAAACUUUAUGGAAAGCCUAUACGUGUAAAUAAGGCAUCCCAAGAUAAAAAAAGCUUAGAUGUGGGCGCAAACCUUUUCAUUGGGAACCUUGACUCUGAUGUGGAUGAGAAGCUUCUAUAUGAUACUUUCAGUGCAUUUGGAGUCAUUGUCACAAAUCCCAAGAUCAUGAGAGACCCGGAAUCAGGAAAUUCACGUGGUUUUGGGUUUAUUAGCUAUGAUUCUUUUGAGGCAUCUGAUGCUGCUAUUGAGGCAAUGAAUGGUCAAUAUCUUUGCAACCGUCAAAUUACAGUGUCUUAUGCGUAUAAGAAGGAUACUAAAGGGGAGCGUCAUGGUACUCCAGCCGAGAGAGUUUUGGCUGCAAGCAAUCCAACUGCUCAAAAGAGCAGGCCUCACACCUUAUUUGCCAGCGGACCUCCAACACUUCAGAAUGUUCCUCAGGCCAAUGGAGCUGUGCCUCCACGCCCAUUUGGAAAUGGUACUGUAGCUCCAGGCCCAAUUCCUGCAAUCCGUCCACCACCUCAAGCUGCAGCCUUCCCACCUAUGCCAAUGGCUGGACAACCAGUUUGGCAGGGUCACCCACAGCAUCCGGGUCAACAUCUCCCACCAUCUGUCAUGCCACCUCAAAUGCAGCAGUUCAGGCCACCUCCCCCAAAUAUGCCACCGGCCCCUCCACAGGUAGCUCCAGGUCCUCCAAGGCCUCUUCCACCACCAAUGGGAAUGGGAGGCCCACCGCCUAUGUGGCGUCCACCACCACCCCCACCCCUUCAGCAACAUGCCGGUAGGCCCCAUAUGCCACAGACAUCAAUGCCUCCACCUCCCCCUCCACAUAAUCCCAAUAACCCCCCUCUGCCACCGUCAAGUUGAGAUCUUGAAAUAUCAUUCUGAAAGGUUCUUAUCAUAUAAUGUCUAGGAAAUUUCUUGUUUGAUUUAUUUGUUCUGAAUUAGGAUAAUGCAGAUUGUAAUGUGUGCCACAAUGGUUAAGAAAACAAGCAUCAAUCUUUGGCUGGAAGGAAAAUUUAUUUUCAACA